AUGAUUUUUAUCAUUAUUAACACCAUAAUUGUACUUUUAAUAUGCGUUUUAGCCAUAAUCUUGUAUUUAUGCUUAGACAAGAAAAUUAUUUAUAAAAAUUUAAAAUCGAAGCAUGUGGUAGUUACUGGGGGAUCCAGUGGUAUUGGUAAAGCUGCAGCAGUAGAGGCUGCUAAAUUAGGCGCUCAUGUAACUAUUAUAGGCCGCGAUGAGCAAAAACUUAAAAGUGCUGUUAUGGACAUUUCUAAUGUGUGUAUAGCUCAGGAUGAACAAAAAAUUCAAUAUGCUGUCUUGGAUGUUACAUCAGACUAUUUGUCUAUAGAGAAAAGUCUGUCAGCUCUAGAAAUUAAUAUAGGUCCAAUUUUUAUGCUUAUAAAUUGUGCCGGCAUGUGCAUUUGUGGCCAAUUUGAGAACAUGAAAGUUGAAAAUAUUAAGCAAAUGAUAGACCUUAAUUAUUUUGGCACUGCUUACCCAACAAGAUAUGUCUUAAAAGGGAUGAAAGAUAGAAAUGAAGGGAUUGUAGUAUUUGUAUCUUCUGAAGCAGCUUUGCUUGGAAUUUAUGGCUACAGUGCUUACAGUGCAGCAAAAUGGGCUAUCCGUGGUCUAGCAGAAUCUGUGCUAAUGGAAUUAGUUGGUACUAAUGUAAGACUCAUGCUGGCAUUCCCACCUGAUACAGACACUCCUGGAUUUCAAAUUGAAGAGCUUACUAAACCCAAAGAAACUAAACUAAUAUCAGGCUCAGGAGGAUUGCAGUCACCAGAAGAAGUUGGCAAGAAAAUGAUACAUGAUGCUUUGAAAGGAAAAGUUUACUCGGUGUAUGGAUUCAGUGGAAAAUUGCUGUCAAUUUUGAACUGUGGCUCAAUUGAGAGUCCCGGCCAAGUGCUGUUGCAAAUUUUCUCAUUGGGAUUCCUCCGGGCUAUUAUGGCAUUAAUUUUACUUUCGUUUCAUAAAAUAGUGAGAGAUGGUUUGAAAGAAAGAUUAGAGAAGGGGAAGGAAAAAGUUAAAUGA